UAUAUAUAUAGGGACCGUAGGUUAUAUUAUGGCACAUAGUAUCUCUGAAAGCUCCACAUACGUGGAGGAAGUUUUGAAGAACUGGGAUGAAGUGGGAUCUGUGAAGUUUUUCUGAAGAUGAUAUCCUCAGUGUGUGUUAUUGCACUGGUGGUGCUGGUUCUGCCUAGUGUGGAGUCCUUUAUAUCAAUAGGCAGUGGCAACACACACGUGACCAUCACCAACACUGCUGUGUUGAAAAAGAUCUACGAAGUAUGCGAGGCGGUAGCGGAGUCAGAAGAAAGACCAUUCAAACCAACAGGUUCUUCUGCAGAGGAACUCCUUCGUGCGUGUUUGGGUACAAACACAGGUCAGGUGGCAGGUGCCAAGUUUCAUGAAGCCCUGAAUCAGAUUUAUAUGCAAAAUGGAUUAGUGGAUCGAGACUUUCUUUCCAGCGAUCCGCAUCAUUUCAACAGCGAGGCUUUUAAAGAGGGACAUUCUCUGAUCAGCCAGGGUGUCUCGUCAGUCAAAGCCAGCAUUCGUAAAGAUAAUUUGCAGGCUGCUCGGGAAACACUAGGAAAAGUCUUACACAUUCUACAGGACUUUUACAGCCACAGUAACUGGGUGGAGCUGGGUUACAGAAGCACAUAUCGUAAUCUCAUCAAACCACAUCUGACCAUCGACAACGUUGCAGAUGUGGGCACUCCAACCUGCAGUGACUGUGCCAGUGGUACUUGUCCAAACCCCCUGCUGCCCUCUAUUAUGAAAGAAAAGAAACUUACAUCAGGAUACAUGGGCCUGUUUUCUUCCAACAAACCUGCAGGUAAAUGCAGUCAUGGUGGAGACAGCGAUCUUAGCAGUUCCCAUAAUCCUCGUGGUGGGAUCAGCAAAGAUGAGCGUCGUGCACAUAACGCAGCCCUACAUGACACCGCAGUCUCACUGGCAACAGAUGCUUCUCUUGAGCUUCUGGAGGAUAUUCGCGGAGCUGUUGGAAAUAUAGAUUUCCUACGGAUGAUGGGCAUCGCUCGUACUGCUGUCUUGUGCUUUGUAAUUGACACAACAGGCAGCAUGUCUGAUGAUAUUGCUGAAGCUCAGAGGGUUGCACACAGUAUCAUUGACAAUAAGAAAGGGACGCAAGACGAACCAUCUGAAUACAUAUUGGUUCCCUUUAAUGAUCCAAGCUUUGGACCACUCAUAAGAACGACAAACCCGGACAAGAUGAAGGCUGAGAUUUCAAAACUCACAGCGAACGGCGGUGGCGAUGAACCAGAAAUGUGUUUGUCAGGACUGCAGCUGGCUUUGAAUGGAGCGCCUCCCUCCUCACACAUUUAUAUUUUUACUGAUGCCAGUGCAAAAGACAUACACUUAGAGGGAACCAUCUUAGCCCUCAUUCGCAGCAGCAAGUCCACAGUCUCCUUCUUCAUGACAUCGAAAAGUAGAUCAGCAAGAUCUCUGAGCAGGCAGGGUCACUCAGGUGUAGACUUCCAAGUGUAUUAUAAAUUAGCAUUGGCCUCUGGAGGUCAAGCUAUAGAGGUGACUAAAGCCAACCUGCCCAGUGCUACUGACAUAAUCUUAGACACCUCCACUUCUGCUUUGGUUACAGUCUUGCAACGAGCCAGGAACCCAGGUCGCGUGGAGAAGUUCCCCCUCCUGUUAGAUGCAUCAUUGUCUAAUGUUACUGCAUAUCUGACAGGAACUAACCUCAAGUUCACUUUGCAUAGCCCAUCAGGUGCAUCUCAGGCACACACUGUAAGUAAUGGGCCUCUUGCUACGAUUCAGGCUGUGGGGAACCUGCUGCGGCUUCAAUUCAAAAAUUUCAAUGAAACAGGCCUAUGGAGCAUUAGCAUGGAAUCAACAAAUGCAUACACUAUCAAAGUGACAGGUCAAAGCGCAAUAACUUUCAUUUACAACUUCGUAGAGGAAUUUGGUGGACCCCACCCAGGAUUUGCUACUCUUGAUGGUCGCCCACAGAAUGGCUUACCUGCUAAGCUGUUAAUCACAAUAACUGGACAGAAGGGUGCUGAAGCUUUGAAGCUACAGGAAGUUGCCCUAGUGGAGGUUUCAAAUGUCAAUGUGGCAAAUGGAACCUUUAAAGAAAUUGGUGGUGGAGGCUUUCUGGUUACUGUGAAUCCAGUUCCAGACGGAGAAUUUGUAGUUGUAAUUAAAGGAGAAGAUAAGACCACCUCAAGCUACUUCCAAAGGCAGACUACAACACAGAUGUCCCUGUCUAAAGUCAAAGUCAAUGCUGCAGUAGGCAAUGCAAUGGUGCCAGGAAAGGACUUUAAAAUAUCAUUUACUGUAACAACUAAUGGAACCGGUGGAGUCUUCACAAUAGUUGCUAAGAAUGACAAAGAUUUUCCUCUGACAUAUGAAAACAGACUUACCGUGAACACAGGAAGUAGUGCUUCAGGCACAGUAACUGUCAAACCUCCUGCAAGCACCGCAUCAGGAACUGAUGUCACUCUGACCAUUCUGGCUGAAGGGCCCGGAGAUGCUGAUUCUAACUACGCUGUGCUUCGCCUUUCUGUCCUUGCUGAGGUGACUGACUUUACUCCUCCAAAGUGUGAGAUUGUUCAUGUAAAUGCUAUCUGCCCAAAUGACUGCUCCCAGGCAAACUGGGACCUUUCUGUCAACAUCACCGAUGGCAAUGGUUCUGGUAUUGAACGUGUCUCCAUACAGAAAGGCAGUGGCAAAUUCUCCUAUGUGACUGUGGUGGAAGGGGGGAUACCCGUAGUGAUGGCCUACUACAAUGCCUCCUGCUGUUCACCUGAUGCAACUGUGACCGCUGUUGAUAAGGAAGGAAAUGUAGGGAAAUGCAGCUAUUCUGUUGAGAGGAGCAGAGGGGUUUCCCUCAGCCUGUCUCUCCCGCUGUGGACCUACUUGCUGGUUUCGGUCUUUAGUAUAAUGCGUGAUGUGCUUCCGCUGUAAUGAAAAAUUAAUAAAUAAUAAAGUUCUGAUGCAACCAGAUAAA